AUGUACCACGACCAGGGGCGGGAUGUGAUCUUUUAUGAGAAUGCAGCUCACCCCCAACGUAAACGGCACGCAUCUAUGGAGGCAAUUCCUCUACCCUAUAGCCUCGGAGAGACCUCUCCUGCAUUUUUCAAGGAAGCCAUUUUGAGCGCUGAGUCUGAAUGGUCACAACACCGCAAGCUCAUCGACACCCUGGCCAAAGCGAAGCAGGGACUUGGAAGAUCUGCCUUCCGCCGCACCCUCGUGAAGGAAAUGCCUUACUUCCAUGUCUGGUUUGAGCUUGACGGUGGCCUUGGGCACAUUGUGGAGGAUGAGAAUCGCUGGCCCAAGGGAGAUCUGUUCGCAAGAGAGGUCAUUGGAGGCAUGCUCGAUGCGGCUCCGGAUGUGAUCAAGCGGCAAGGCCGUUGGAAUCGGGGUGGUGAUCGCCGGGUGGAACCAUUCAGGAAACGUUGGAAAAAGUUUGACUGGACUCGCAUUCUUCUUGAGGGAUAG